UUGAUGACCUCAUAGUGUUCGGAUGUGCGACGUCAUUUAUCCGGACCCCGAAUUAUUCUGAGACAGAACAGCGCGGAUCUUCUCCCGGACAGAACCAGAUAAAACGAGAGUCUAACAUGGCAGAGAAUGCUCUUCGUAACGCAGCAGGUUCUCACUCAGAGCCUGGCGACUCUGCUAAGUCUCAGGACGUCUCCCGUUUCCUACAGAGCCUGACUGAUCGGCAACUACAGGUGAUGCUUGGUAGAAUGCAUCAAAUGUUUACGAGGGACGAAAUCACGACAAUGAACACGGACAUUGAGAAGAUCGUGACCACAUUGUCAGAGAAAGUCAUCAUUCCAACAAUUUAUGAAGUUCUUAAUGUGGAUGCCAGGUCGCUUUUCCUCACGAGACCAGGGUCUUCAAACCAUUCUUUGGAGUCAGUCAUCAAAGAAGUUCUGAAUGCCAUCGUGAAGACCAUCAUUGACGCUCUUGAUGAUUCUCACAUGUGUGAGCUUCGUAGAAAUGUGACGGAAAAGACUGAGCUCCUGGCGUCUCCAUGUGGGUCAGUUGAGCUCUGUAAUUUGUCACUGUCUGUUGAGCCCAGUGCUGAGAACAUGACAUCCAAAGACCAGGCACAACUUCAGGAAUGUGCUAAAGAUGUGAUUCUUGAGGUUUGCACCAUCUAUCGGGCCAAAGAAUUCAAGAGUGCAUCGGAUUUGUCUUGCCCUCCAAAGAUGUGUGCGACAGAUCUUGCUGAAUAUUUGCUAUCAGAGCUGGUUGACAUGCUAACGUCCUCUCGGAGUUCAUCGAUCAGUGAUGAUAUCAGCUCUGAUCCAGGCUGUGGUGGAAGUGACAGCAUGGCUGAUAAAUCCCUCAAAAGAGCUAAGUCCUGUCAUAGAAUCCCCAGCCUUAUGAAACUGACCAAUAUGGCUUGCAAGAUGGAGACUUCCGUUCCUGGACAAACUCUGAAGAACGCGUUCUGGUAUGCCAGAAUCAUUGUGGAUGAGCUGUUAGUCCAACUGGACUCAUUUACAAAGUCCGAGGUAUCUGAGGAUGCUCAGUCAGUACUUGGACAAUGUACCUCUGAUACAUCACUCAUAUCAGAGUUGCUUGUAGACCAUUUAAUGGCAUACAUCCAAGAGGUCUCAGGUUCAUCCUUCGGAGACCGCAUACCUGCCACUACUCUGGAUUGUCAGGUACCUUCUUUCCGUCGAAGCUUCUCAGCUAAAAGCUUCCAAAAAAUCCAGAGUCAGGAUACUCGGACCAAGGCAGCUCAGGAAGUGAGUAAAAUCUUACUCGAGUCUUCAAGCUUCCUUGUGAGUUCUCCACGUUCCCGGCGUGCUCACACAAGCCAAAGACAUUGCAGUGUGGAACCAACUCCUUCGGAAUGCUUGGUUAAGGCAUUCGACCUCGUCGACUCCGUCAUUGAUGGAAUUUGCGAACAUCUGGAUUCUACACCAGAUGGUUUGAAAGAAACACGGUCUGAAGCUUUGGGUUGGAUGGAAUCAGGUGUUGAUGUCCCUGAGGAGAUUCUGUGGUACACUGCAUGUAGUACUUACAACAGUGCCAUGAGACACCUCAGGGAUUUUUCUGCAAUGUAUCAGCAGAAACCACCUAAGGUCGAUCCUUUAGAGAUCAGUGUUGGGGGAAGUGUUGGUAAGAUAUCACACCUUGAAAGACCAUCAGUGAUGGAUGAACACGAGCCACCCAAGAGCAGAGAGAGGGUUUCAAUGGCCUCUUUACUGGACACCAUGAUGGCCUCCCUGGGUUUACUGAGCUCAGGUCCUUUUAACUCUCUUGAGGAGUUAUCUGCAGCAGCAGAAAGAGUUGAGGAUCUGUUUUUGACCACAGCCCCUCAGAAGUUCGCCAACAUGGUCCGGCUCAUACUGACAGACAGAUUAAGUUCUCUGAACAUGUCAGCAUCUGUUCUACAGCACUACCCUUACCUUCAACGACCCUUUGCUUCUGAGUUUUUUGUUGAAUUUGCAGACAAGGCGGUGAAAUGUUUGCUCAGGUCAUGCAUUGCCCCUCGACCAGCUUCUACCACUGCUAACGACAUUCCAAGUCUGGUGAUGCCCUUCAGAGUCACUCCUGAGAUCUCAAGACCCCCAUCUGAGAUGUUUGCUGACAAAAUGGAUCUGUUCUCUGAAGUAAUCGUGAACAGUGUGAUGGACAAAGUGUCAGCAUUGUCUGAUCAUGAGUUGGAUGCUGUGGAUUCAAAUGUUGAAGAGACAUCUGGAAGUGAUUCACACAGCUCUGAAGAACUCAAUACAUCUCCUCCAACCAUUUCCGUGGAUGCUCUCCGUUGUUGCGUACGUGCAAUAUUACAAAAAGUACAGGAGAUUUCAUCCACUGGGGUCCAUGGAUCUCCUCUCUUAAUUGAUGAGGACCAGGUCCAGAAUGUUACCGACAUGGUCAAAGGAAUUUUAGCUCUUUUCACUGCUGUCACAGUGGAAGAUGGAGAGCAUGCUCUCAAAAAACUUCACCGCUCCAUCAUUGAUGCUGUGUAUGAAGAGCUUCUUCAGAGAAUGAGAUCUGAAAAUCAGCUCAUUGAAGCAGUAAAAGCCCAGAGUGAGCUGUUGGCAGGAUCUCUGGCUGUUUCCAUCGUCAGGGCAAUUAAGAGUGCAGACCCUAAAGACUUGUACCGUCCUGCAUCGGUUGAGUCUGGUUCCUCUCCCACUAUCAAAGAGGAACCUUUGGUCUCCAGCCAGACCACUGAUGACGUUUUCGUAUCAAGCCAAGUCUCAAGCAGAGGCUCGCUUACGUCGCAAACAAACGAUCAUGCCAUCCUGGCAACUUGGCUUGUUCUUCGGACUCUGGCGCAGUCAGCAGCAACUUCAUCAGACCUGAGAAAAGAAGCGAGCUCGAACGAUCCGAAAGAGCUGAUUGAGAGAAUUCUCAGCGAGUUCUCUGCAUCCUCUAGUGCUGCAAAGCUGGAGGAAAUUCUAACGGGUACGUUUCUUGAGCUCCUUCAAAGGUUUGGUAAGGAAGGUUCUCUGCACAAAGCUUUGGACCUUCGAGACUCUGCAUUUGACGAGGCCCUGAUGACUGCCUUACGGAAGCAUCUAGAUGCAGAUGCUUCAACUGCAGGGCCCGAAACAAAGAGGCCGAAGAACAUAAACUUGAAGAAGCUCAAGAACAUCUUCCAUAUCAAGAUGCCAAAGCUCAGCAUCUUCAAAAAGAAAUCCAGAAAGGACGAUAACGCUGGUCAAUCUUCAGAUCAGGACCAUUUGCAGAGUCGCCGCACUGCUGAUAUGAGUGGAUCCAACAGUGUUCCUUCAAAAAAGGAGAAGCCUAGGAGAGCGUCCAUUUGUUCCAGGAUGUUCUGCUGGUUUAGGAAAAUCAGCUGCCUUGGGCCCCUUUAAACUUAUUCAUUUCCAUUAACCUCUUCAUAGUCUCUCUUCGUGCUCCCGUCAGGCUGAAUCCUGCCAGAACACAAAAUCACCUAUCACGGUUCUCCUGACGACACCCAGGUUUACUUCACUCUCUCACCAAAAGACUGUGGUCCCAUAGAUACUUUGUGUCGGUGCUCAGAGCAAAUCCAGUCGACCAGAGGAGGAUGGGUUCCCCUUUUGAGUCUUGGUUCCUCUCAAGGUUUCUCCCUCUUGCUCUUAGGGAGUUUUUCCUUGCCACCGU